CUAGUCUUGUGACUAUAAGAAUUGAAGGUUAUACUGAGUUGUUUUUAGUUCAUUUCUCGCCUCUCUGUUGUUAUACUGAUGUAAAGUGGUGCAAUAUUUGAAGAAUUUACAAAAAAUCCGCGUUUUCGGCUCUCGCGACUUAAAUUGUAAAAUUUAUAUACAAAAUCACAAUGUCUCACAGAACGUUGAUAGAUUUCGUGGUGAAAUAUCACAAACCACGUUUGCUUAAUAACGUCGUGUUCUUUCCGAGCAAUGGAAAUUCAUAUUUUGGGCGAAGACUUGCUCUUCCUAUACCAGUUUCAUCUUCCACACCGAAGGUCCAAUCACCUAGAAAUUUCAGCACGUCGGCUCCAAAAUUCAAUGAAGUUCAAUUAAAUCAGGAACCGAAAAAGACAGACGGAAAAUUUCAAUUGAUGUUUACAUGUAAGAAAUGUAAUACAAGAAAUACGAAGUUCAUCUCAAAAUUAGCGUAUUACAAAGGCGUCGUUAUAGUGAUAUGUGACGGCUGUGAAAACAAGCAUUUAAUAGCCGACAAUCUCAACUGGUUCACUGACAUGAAUGGCAAGAAAAACAUUGAAGACAUCAUGGCAGAGAAAGGUGAAACAGUUCAGAAGAUAAUGUCUUCAGAUCUUGAAUUUAUUGCAAUGGAAAUGGCUAAAGGUAUUGAGAAGAAUGAAGAAAAAGUUUUGCUGAAAGACUAAGGCUGAUGUAACCAACAGUUAAAGUUAAAACAUUAGUCCUUAGGAUAUUGUGUAGAACUGUGAUAAAACUAGAAUUAUUUAUUUUUUAUCCAUAAGAUAAUAGUCUCAGUAACUUAAAAACCUGUCUCAGUUACUGUUUAUAAAGCAUUGUUUUGUAGUUUACUGAAAUAAUGUACUAUAGAUUAAUACUUGUAGAAAGUGUACUUGAUACACAUAGCUAGCUGCAAGUAGCUAUUCAACAUGAGUAAACAUAGUGCAAUAGAUCUAGAACUUGCCUCAGAUUCCAAUCAGUACUUUAAAUGAGCACAUUGCAACAUUGUAAACUGUAAAGAAAUUUAAUAAAACAUUUCAAUGAG